CGGGCGGCCGCGGCGCGAUGGAGGCGCCGGCCGAGCUGCUGGCUGCGCUGCCCGCGCUGGCCACCGCGCUGGCGCUGCUGCUUGCCUGGCUGCUGGUGAGGCGCGGGGCGGCCGCGAGCCCCGACCCCCCGGAGCCCGCGCCCCCGGAGUCCGCGCCCCCGGCCGAGGCCAGCGGGACGCCCGCGCCGCUCGGCCCCUGCGCGGCGGAGCCGGCAGCCGCGCCCGAGGGGCCGGGGGAGCCCACGCCGCCGGACGAGUCCGCGCCGCUGGAAGAGUCCGCGGCGGCGCCGGCGGAGGCGGAGGAGCAGGCCGCCGAGGAGAGGCAGGAAGAGGAGCUGGAUGGCGUGGAGGGCCCACCCCUGGCAGGGCCUGAGGAAGACAACGGGGGAGAGGCCUUCUCCUUCAAAUACAGUCCCGGGAAGCUGAGGGGAAACCAGUACAAGAAGAUGAUGACCAAGGAGGAACUGGAGGAGGAACAGAGGAUUGAGCUGACCUCUGACCUCACUUCCCUGUAGCAAGUUCCUUAGGUCCUGAGCCACAAAUACCCUUGCAAAUCCUUUUGAACCGAGGAAUAAUGAAGUUAUCUUUAGCCUCCUCCUAAAGGCUUUUCCUUUUGGCAUCUUAAAACUUGAGAGAUAAAGUGGAACCCCCAGAGAGGAGCCAGCAGGCUCCUGGGGCACAUUUUCCUACAUAAAUCUGCCGGGACUAGGCCCCCAUCCAGGACUUUCCUUGGCUGGGAGGAUCCCGAAUGCCCGGGGUGCUCCCCUGUAGAGGCAUUCCUCCCCGUUUGCCUGGAUUGCUUUGUUAAGCGGAAGGGUUUUCCUGGACUUUCAUUUUCCUUAUUACUCAACCUUCCUGUCCACACACGCUUUGCACCUGAGAUAUCACCAGUGUCAGCAAGGCCAUCAUUUUAAAAUCAGUGUAGUUUCAUUCCAGCCCUCCUGCUUUUCAUCACCAAAGCCAAACCAGGAAAGACUUUGAGGUGUGAUGGACAAAUGAGGGAGAGCUGCCUGUGCUCGCUGGCUGGUCGACUGCCCUCCUUCCCCUUGGGGCCCGCUCCCCUCUCUGUCUUCGGCUGGCUCGGCUGUGGGGGUGAGAGCCCGAUGAUUGAUGAGUGGGCAACAAAGAACCAGAACCAGCUGUUGACUUCCUCUUGCCCUUACCCUCCGUUGAGAGCAGGCUCGGAUCCAGCCCGCUUGUUGCUAAGAGGCCUUUUCAUUGAUGUUCCUACCAGCUCAGCGGAAUCUCCACCUUCGCUUUCGCAGAAGCAAUAAUGAUAGUGUUCGCUUAAAACAGCUGUCUCGAUUCUGCCUUUUCCUAGGUUUCAUAGAUGAGUUAGAACUUCUCCAGAUAAUCAGAUCAGUCCCAGAUUCAUUUCUUGGAAUUUUAUAUUUGACAAUAUUUAUACUAUACCAAACUAACCUGCAGUUUUUAGAUGUGUUGGUUAAAACAUUUUUUGAAAGCAGUAAGUUUAUAGAAAAAAAAUUUUUUUUCCUCUAUUUAGUGGAAGGCCGGGAAAUGUCCACUGUCAGCCUAGGGCAUGGUACAUUCCCAGGGACCUUCUCCUCUGGGUCUAAUACCUUAGGUUCACGGGUUUAGGACAGAACAGGCAACAAAGCAACAGCCACACAGAGCCGUGUAGCCUGACCCACACAGCAGUAGCAACAGCAAUGUCCUUGUCCAGGCCGGGGUCUGAUUGAAAAAUAGGUGACUCCUUCCAGGUUAUUAAGUUUGUCGGGACACUUUCUGAACAUGGCUUAGAGGCGCCUCACAUACUCCCAAUGGCUGGGAUCUGUGUAUUCAGCCUUUGUUCGGUCCAAUAAACUUUGAGUAGAUGGUCUUGA